AUGUGGCCGUUUUGGGGACUGGACCUGAACCGAGUCCGCUGUGACCUGCUUUUCACAGAAGCCAUCAAUCAAAGGAUGCAGGUUCCGAACAGGCUGAAGGUAGCAGAUAGCUUCAGCCCUGUGGAUGAGGAGCCAGUGACAGAGGAUGUCCCUCCUUCUUUUCGGAUGCACAUCCCUGAUAGGAUUUCUCUUGCAGAAAUAUCAGAUGCCAGUUUGAGGCCCAUUUUUUUUUCGCAAAAGAAGGUGCACAUAUCCCCGGACUCUGCGCAGCCCACCUUCCUCGGGGAGCUCCCCUUUCUGCACGUAGCCAGCAGAUCAAGCUCCCAGAAACGCAAACGAUCGGGCCAUCACAGCAGCAGGUCGCGGCGGGAGAGGACUCCAAAUGACUGUGCCCAGCUGGCCUUGCACAGCCCGAGCCAACACCAUGAGCGGCCGGACAUGUGCCCCCUGCCCCCGCGCCGUGCUCCGUUCCCCCUCUUCACGGAAACGGGCAGGAUCUACUCCAUGCAGAACAUCUUCCAGACCAUGUACCUCCUGGGCCAGGUGCUCUUCCACCGUGUCCAGCACUCUCUGCAAGACCCAGUGCUGGCCAGCUCCCAGGAGGCUGGCCCAGCCCCAGAGAGCACCUUGGAGGAGGUCGGGGUGGCUGAGAUGGCAGCAAUGAGAAAGCAGUUGACGAGGAUCUCGGGGAGGCUCCGUGUACUGGAGGAGCAGUGCAAUACCUGGCGGCAGAAGGACACCCUGGUCUACUCCGUGCUGAUCUCCGCCUGUCUCAUCAACACGUGGCUCUGGCUGAGGAGAUGA